UUGCCUAUAAAUUGACACCAUUAAUCAACACUUAAUACAAACCUAGGUUAAAUUAACAUCAUUAGCAAGGAAAGAUGAUGAUGAUUAGGGUUGUAACCUUUUUAAUGGUGUGUGUGGUUGUGAGGUGCCAACUAAGCUCCGAUUUUUACUCUAAAAAUUGCCCCAACGUGCUUAACAUUGUGCGAAGAGAGGUGAGAAGCGCGGUAAGGAAUGAGAUGAGAAUGGCUGCUUCUCUGCUUCGCCUCCAUUUCCACGAUUGCUUCGUCAAUGGGUGCGAUGGAUCGGUGUUGUUGGAUGGAAAUGACGGCGAGAAGUUUGCUCUGCCAAACCUGAAUUCAGCAAGAGGAUAUGAAGUGAUCGACAGUAUCAAAGCAGCAGUCGAGACUGCAUGCGGCGGCGUCGUUUCCUGCGCAGAUGUUCUCGCCAUAGCUGCUCGCGACUCCGUUGUGUUGAGCGGAGGUCCGACAUGGAAUGUAUUAUUGGGAAGAAGAGAUGGAGUUUCUGCAAAUCAAACCGCCGCCAAUCUUCAACUCCCUUCUCCCUUCGAUUCUCUCGAUUCAAUCGUUUCCAAAUUCGACGCCGUUGGCCUCAACACCACCGACGUCGUUGCUCUAUCAGGCGGCCACACGAUCGGGUUAUCGAGGUGCGCGCUCUUCAGCGGCAGAUUGUCCAACUUCAGCGGCAGCGGCGCGCCGGACGCGACGCUGGACAGCAGCCUGAUCCCGGAGCUCCGGUCGGCGUGCCCCGUCAACGGCGACGGCAACAACACGGUGGCGCUCGACAACAGAUCUAGAGACCUGUUCGACAACAGUUACUUCAGGAAUCUGGUGAACGGGAGAGGAAUUCUGCAGUCCGAUCAGGUGCUUGUUUCCGGCGACUCAGCGGCGUCCACGACGAAAACCAUAGCGGAGCUCUACAGUAACAACUCUGCGGUUUUCUUCUGUGACUUCGCGAAUGCAAUGAUCAAGAUGGGAAAUAUCAGCCCCCUAACCGGAGGGAAUGGAGAGAUUAGGAGAAACUGUAGGGUUGUUAACUCUUGAUUAACUGUUUCUGGUAUUUAAUUUUUCUUGGCUUUUAUAUGUAAACAUGGUUUUAUAUGACUAUAUACUACUCUACUAUGUUUACAAUAUUUUCCUAAAAAAUAUUUUAAUAUGUAUUUUGGAGCUAAAA